AAACCUGCUUCGAACUUCAUGAACCACAACAGCAGCCCGGUUCCUUCAGUGUGAUACAAACAGAUGUGUUACCAGUAUUAACUCAUUUUAAUUAACGCUAGCUGCAUCGAACAUGGCCGGUUUACCUCCCGGAGACCCGCAGCUGGUCUCAAUGAUCGUCAACCACCUGAAAACACAGGGUCUCUUCGACCAGUUCAGGAGGGACUGCCUGGCAGACGUUGAUACAAAGCCAGCUUACUUGAACCUCAAACAAAGAGUGGACAACUUUGUCUCCAAUCACCUCUCUAACCACACAUGGAGCCCUCAUCUGAACAAGAACCAGCUGAGAAACAACAUCAGACAACUUGUGCUGCAAUCUGGGAUGCUGGAGCAGGGAGUGGACAGGAUCGUAGCCCAGGUGGUGGAUCCCAAAAUCAACCACAUCUUCAGGCCACAGGUGGAGAGGGUGGUCCGUGAGUUUCUGUCACCUGGCAGCUGCUCCGAGGAGCCACUGCCCCCUCUGCCUUUAACAGAGACCAAACCAGACAGCAGUAUUCCUGAGCAAGCCUCCUCGUCUGCUCCAGCUACCACUGCAGCCAGCGACGCCAUGUCCAUCCUGGACACCAUAACUUCUCUGAACCAGGAGGCGAGCGUCAGGGCCAGCUCAGACAAAGGACGCAAAGGCCAAGAUGAGCCCAUGCAGCUGGUGGAGGACGGAGAGCAGGACAUGAGCAUUGUCGAAGAAGGAGACAGCCACCAUGAUGGAAGGACACAGGAGGAGGCAGACGAGCUGGCAUCAGAGGUCCAGGCGUUAGAAGUGAAGACAGAGGACUCUCAGGAUCAGAUGGAUCUGGGAAAAGAGGGGUUAACAGAGGAGGUGAAGAUGGAAGAAGAGGAGUCAGGAGCUCCGGAGCAGAAGGAGGAGGAGAGAGAUAAAGCUGCCAGCAGAACAACUGGAAAACCCUCAGAGGAGAGGCAGGAUGAUGAUCUGCUUAAAUCUACCAGUCAGGCAAAGCAGAAAGCCAGAGAGAGGAUAAAGGAAGAAUACUUUUUGGAGGACUCUGACCUGGAGGGUCUGAGUGACAUCACCGUGAGCUCCGUCCACACCAGCGACCUGUCGUCAUUUGAGGAACAAAGUGAAGACGACGAGCAGCUGUCUGAUUCCUCUGAAGAGGGCGAGCUCCCAUCAGACGACCAAGAUGAGAAAGCAGAAAAGAAACCAGCCAGUGGAGACACAGAAGAAGAAGAGCGCAAACCUCGCCGCAAGGCCUACGUCCACAAGCCCUUCCUCUACUCCCGUUACUAUAGCGACUCGGAUGAUGAAAUCACUGUGGAAGAACGCCGGAGAUCUGCUGCAAAGGACAAAGAGGAAAGGCUGCUGAAGAGACAACAGAACAGAGAGCGAAUGGAAGAGAAGCGUAAACAGAAGGCAGCACAGGCUGAAGAACAAGAUCACAAAAAACAAAAGAGUGGAGACACUGCUGGGCUGGAGGGCCCCAGGGCCAAAGAGGCACGCAAAGAAAGGAAAGUUCUGGAGAAAAAAAUGGCUCUCAACAGAAAGAGGAAGCUCGACUCAAGGAAAGAGGAAGAUGUUUCAAGCAAAAAGAAAGGAGAUGCAGAAGGAUCCAAGAAAGCGGAAGUAAAAUCUACAACGUCAAAACCUCCACAACCGAAACUGAUCAGAAACCUGUCAGAAUCAGCAUUGUCUGAUGAGAGGCACAGAAGGAUGAGUGGCAGCGUCUCCGAAGACUCCAGUGAACCCAAAAAGCUGACGGACAAAGGCCGGACUCACUCCUUCAUCCUGGAGUUGGAGCAAGGCUCCCAGGAGGCUCUCAAACAGCGCUCAGUUGGGAAAUUUGACAGGCUGUCCCGUAAAGAACUUCACCCUAAAGAACGCAAAGAGAAAGAACGCAGCUUGUCAGAUGAACGUGCCAAACUUAAACAAAAGCUGGAGAAAAAAUCUGAACAUCAGGCAGAUGAAUCUCAGCAGAAGGAAGGUGUCGCCAUUAAAGUGCCGUCUGAAGACAAAGGUGAGAAGAAGCUGAAGAUUAAAAGUGAGAAGAAAACAGCUGGAACCACGAGGGAAGGAAAGUUGUCAGAAGGUUUGGCAGACGAGGGUCCUAAAGAUGCUUCUGUCAAGAAGGCGAAAACUCCAUCGAUGGAGACUGUCAAAGCAGAGAAGGACAAAAUUAGAGAAAAGGAGAAAGAUAAGGAAAAGAGCAAAGAAAAGGAAAAGGCCAAAGGCGAGAAAACUUCAGCUAAAAGUGAUUUCAAGCAGCUGCUCCGCCCUGAUUCUGCCGGCUCCUCCGAGGAUCGGUCUGACAUGGAGCCCGAUGGCAGCAAGAAGAAAGAUAAACACUCCAAGGAAGUCCUGAAGAGAUCAAAGAGCCACAGUGAGGACAGGCCAGGAGACAAACCCAAAUCUAAAACUGACAGUAAAGACAGCGAGAAGGAAAAGACUAAGGCAGAUCAAGACAGCCAGAAAUCGAACAAGUCCAGCUCUGAAACGGACAAAGAUCCAAAAAGGGUAAAACCAACAGAAAAAGGAAGAACCAUGGAAAAAUCUAAAUCAAAAUCCAAAGAGGAAACAAAGACUUUAUUGUCAUCAAAGACAGAUAAAGUUCAGAGUUCUGAAGUCAAACCUACAGGAAGUGCACCCAUCAGCAAACCUGAGGCGACAAAGGAGAAGAAAAAAGAGGGGAAUGCAAAGGAGCAGCGUAAAGUCUCCGAGGAACCUCUGCAUGACAAAUCAGACAUUAAAACUGCAAAGAAGAAAACCGAGAAGAAGGAUAAAGUCCCAGAAAAGAAAGAUGACAGCCAAGAGGAGAAGAAAGCAGCCAGAGAAGACAAACUGGAAAAGUCUGAUAAAUCUUCAAAGUCCUCACUUUCCUCAGCUGAAGCAGACGAACUGCUGAAGAAACGCUCUCUCCUCCAAGACACCAGCACAGACUCCGACCCCGUCACCACCACCGUCACCACCUCCUUCUCAGACGAUACUUGUGACGCACUAAGCGACAUCACCCCUGAGCCUCCUGAGGGCGAAACGGAGUCACGGCUGAGCGACAUUCCAGCUGUGCCGGCCGAGGCUGACGCUCUGUUGGCUCUCAUGGACGUCUGUACCUCAGCAGAGGCGAGACUUCCCCCUGAGAGCAGUCGGGAGGAUGUGACGCCUGAGAUGCAGGAUGCUGACAUGAAGAUGCAAGAGGCAGCUCUGACUCUGCUCUCCAUGGACCCCGACAGCACAGUUUCCUCCACCUUAAUGUGUCACAGCACCAGAGAAGAACCAGAGGUGAGUCAGAGUGAGACUUCACCACAGCCGAUGGAAACCAGUGCAGCUGAACAGGAAGAGCCUGUAAUGACUGCGCAAACAGCUGCUGAAGCUGAGCCGUCACCAGUUACAACGCAACAAAUUGUUGAGUUUGUUGGUGAAAAACCGAACACUGCAGAUGUGUCUGAAAAUUUGGAGAAAGAAAUGGAUGUGGAGGCUUCACAGGAGGAAGACACUAUCUCAAGUGAAUGUCAGCCUCUUUUAAAUGAGGAUGAAGCCAAAGAUGCAGAAACUGCUCCUGAAACACAGCCAGUUGGAAAUAUGGCAGCAGCAGCAGCAGCAGCAGCAGCAGAAGAAGAAGAAGAAGCAGCAGCAGCAGAGGAAGCAACAGCAGAAGAAGAAGCAGCAGCAGAGGAAGCAACAGCAGAGGAAGCGCAGAGGAAGCUGAGAAUGGAGCCGGAGAAGACAGAGGAGAUCAGAGAAAGUGGACCUGAGAGUCAGUCCAAACUGGUCAAACAAAUCAGUAAUGUCUCCAGCACAGACAGCCAGGACGACGAGAAGGGAUCAGACCUGUCAGAGAAAGAAGAGAAGACAGAGAGGAGAGGAAGACGUAAACGAAAGCUUUCCACACAGAAAGUUGAAGCAGUGAAAGAAUCAGGUGAUAAGAGGGAUGAAAAGGAAAGUAAAGAGCAGCCGUCUGCUGAGGAACCAGAGCAGGAGAAGGCUGCAGAAGUCAGAACACCACGCAGGGGUCGAUCAUCCAAAAUCACCGAGGAGGCGGAGAAGGACCAACCGAAAGAAGCUGAGAAAUUGGAGGAGACUCCGAGCCGCGGGGGGAGACGUUCAGGAGCUGCUGCCAAAGAAACCACUGCUGAUAAUCAGGAGAAGGAUGAGAGUAAAGACGAGGAGAGCACUGAGAAAGAAGAGAGAACUGAAGAGGAAAGUGGACCAAAGGAAAGUGCACAGCAAGAAAGUCAAGACAAUCUGCCGUCUCCUGUUCCUGAAGAUGCUGAAGCUGCAGGAAGCUCCGCCUCCAAAGAGACCACUGACGCACAUGAACCAGCAGUGAAGAGGAAGAGGUCAGAGGAAAUGGAGGAAUCUAUGGAGGAAACUCAGGCUGAAGAGGAGGUAGAGAUGGACAACAGUCAACAAGAACAAAGUGAGCAACAACCUGACAGUGUUUGUUCCCCCUCAGUGAGUCAGACAGAGGGUGAGGAGGAGGUCACAGAGGAGCUCUGCAGCGGGAAGAAACCAGAUGAUGCUGAGGAGGAGCAGCAACAGGAGGACCAAGAGACGACUCCAAAGAGACCUGGGCGGAGAGGUCGGCCGAAAGCAGCAGCAACAACAGAGGAUUCAGAUAAAAAGGACAAAAAGGCAGAAGAAAGUGAGCAGAAUGACGAAGAGGAGGACGACGAUGGUGACAAAGAAGGGGAAGAAAAGGGAACUGCAACCAGAGCGACCACACGCUUAGCAUCUCGCCUGGAGGCUGAAAGAAACAAGCCAAGCAAACCAUCCACCCGGGCGAGUCGACAGAGCGGUAAAGAGGAGACCGCAGCUGGCACACGCGGGACGAGGGGCCAGGCAGCAGCGGCAGCAGCAGCGGCGAAGGGGGGCCGUAAACGUGAGGCCAGCCCCCCUGCGGUGCGAACGCGGGGAGGACAGAAAUCAGAGGAGCCCCCUACCAAGAGAGCCAAACGCUAA